AUGGACGGCUACGAGCUGGGGCCGCUGAUCGGCCGCGGGACUUUCGGUGACGUGCACAAGGCGACCGGCAGGAAGACGGGGCGGGAAGUCGCCAUCAAGAUUAUCGACAGGUCGAGGCUUGGAUCCAGGGGGGCGCGUGAGCGGCUGAAGAGGGAGGUCCAGAUCCAUGGGCAGUUGAGGCACAAGCACAUUGUUUCCCUCCUUGAUUUCUUUGAGGACGCUUCCAAGGUGUAUCUGGUGAUGGAGAUGUGUGAGAAAGGAGAGAUGCUCACACUUGUUCGCAGGAAGGGCUCCCUCGCGGAGGAGGAAGCACGUGCAUAUUUCCAGCAACUGGUUGAUGCCAUUGGCCAUUUGCAUGCACAUUCCAUCAUGCACAGGGACAUCAAGCUGGCCAACCUUCUCCUCACAGGCGACAACGACUUGAAGGUUGCCGACUUUGGAUUGGCAGCCAUUCUGGAAAAGGAAGACUCAGAGAGGCAGACCUUGUGUGGCACUCCGAACUACCUGUCACCAGAGAUCGCGACCAACAAGCCCUACUCCUUUGGUGCUGACAUUUGGAGCAUGGGUAUUGUGCUGUGGACCAUGCUUGUGGGCACCCCGCCGUUUCAGGAGGACCAGGUGUCUGGUACAUUGGAUCGUGUGAGAGCAGGCACAUUCACAUGCCCCCACUGGAUGUCUGUUCAUGCAUGCAACCUCUUGCAGGGAAUGCUUCACAGAGACCCAACGCAAAGAUUUUCCAUGAGGCAAGUCAGGGAGCAUCCAUUCCUAGCAGGUCUUGGCAUCUUUCAACCCCAUCUGUCUUUGCAGGAUCACAGCAAUGUCCUACUGCCAGAUGAAGGAUCACAUUCGAUGGGUGCUCAGCCAAACGCAGCACGGGACGUGGCCCCAAGCCAAAUGGUCCUGGAAUCCCAAGAUUCAAGAAAAUCCAGUGGAAAAUCAGCUCCUCAAACACCUUUUUCAGCUGUCGAACACAAACGUCCGGGUGACAUGGGUGCUGCACCUCCUGUCCAUCCAUCAGUAGGAACAUUGGCAGUGGGUGUUCCGGUGGGUUUGGGGCAAUGCUAUCCCUACAUUCCCACGCAGCAUGGGCCUUUGGAGAUAGGUGUCAGUGUUGGCAUAAGGCAACCUGCAGGGCUUAUUCAUGCUGAUGACGGGCAGCGCACCAGCCAACAGGCAGGAUGGUCAAAAGGAGCGGCACAGUGCAGUCAAGCCCCUGUAGUGCAGGGAACACCAGCUGUUGACAACAGGACAAUGUACUGUCCGCCCAGUGAAGCACCUCUUAUGUACAUUGCUAGUAAAGGCACCCACGGCCACACCUUUGGCAACGCCCCUACUGACAGCAGCUUACUGCAUGGUGAAGGUUUAGGAGGGAAGCAGACAGACGAUUAUGCUCCACAGAAAACAGGAGAUGCAAAAUGUGGGAGUGAAGCAGUCAAAUGCCAGCAAUCUGGGAAUGCCAGAGAGGCAUCGCCAAUAGUGGGUGUGGUGUCACAGGAGGCAACUUUUGCUACUGCCAUGCCUGGCUCUCCAUCUUCCUGCCUGCCAGCACCUAUUGCUGGAUCAUGCAGAGGCAAUGACUGUGUUCCUCCUGGAAACCCUGGCGCUCUCAGUGCUUCCAGCGAACAAAUGCGUGUUCUUCCUCCCUCUUUGAUGCAAUCAAGCGAAUUUGACUUUCACGACAAAAUGUCCAGCUCUUGGAGUGUUUCCCGCUGUGGUCCUAUGCCAGAAUGUGAGGCAUUUUAUGAAAUCACAGGCAACAUUGUGAAUUCGAUGGGUGGCAAUUCUGGGGACGCGGGAUGCCAAUUGGCCAAGAGCUGUCAGUUGCUGCCUGGGCUGGGCGCCAAAGAAUGGCGCCAUAGCACAGGAGCUGCAUCUGUUGAGAGCAACAGAACUGGUUGGCCACUCCCAACAGCCAUUGGAGAUCUUCACGUGGGAAACACUGAAGCUUCUCGAGAUCGAACAUCAUUGUCAGGAGGACAAAGAGGGGAGUGGUCCCCCACACCAAAACCUUCACAAUUGAGAAGACUUCGCAGCACAGCGCGCCUGGCACCAUGUGUACGACGUUACUCUAGAGGCUUCGUUGCUCUGUUUGAGGACGGCAGCGUGUGUGUCAAUGAAGGCACUGGUUGUGCCCAAAUGUUUGUCACUCCUGACGGCCUUGACAUUCGGCUGGAGUGCACUGGGAAGUCCUGCCAGAGAUUUCGAUUUCCAGACCUUCCUGACCACGCAACUGACCAGUAUCUGCAGGCAUGCAGGCGAGUGGUCCCAGUUCGAUGCACCCUUUGA